AUUACUGCAGUCAGCUCCUCUGUUGAAAGCUGAAGGGGACUUUUUUUUUUUCACAAGGAAUUCUUCUUUCCUCAAAACAAUUUCCACCAACAUGACCUCUAAUUCCAAUUUAUCUAACAUGCGACGGCUCGUAGAACAACUGAAGCUCGAGGCCAGUGUGGAGAGAAUCAAGGUGUCCCAGGCGGCUGCAGAGCUCCAGCAGUACUGUCUGCAGAACGCGGGCAAAGACGCCCUGCUAGUCGGAGUCCCCACAGGCAGUAACCCCUUCAGAGAACCACGCUCCUGUGCUGUAGUGUAAAGAUGUGCACUUUUUUUGCAGAGGAGGAAGAAGUCGACACAACUGUGGCAACUCACUUGCAGAAGGAAAUAUUUCAUUUUUAUUUACAUGAAAAGAAAAAUCUAAAUUACAAUAUCUUUUUUAAAGAAAUGUUUUAUUACAUUGAUGUAUAGCCAUUGAGAUUUGCUUUGAACUCAUUAAAGGGCAUUACAGAAACCUG